UUUGUGUGAGAAUACUUCAAGGGACCAGUGGAAAUGCAUGCUGGGUGAUCGUCGUGGGGAGCGCCAUCUUGUCUUACGCCGACAGUCAGAAGUGAAUUUGCCCAAGUAAUCGUCCGUCUUCCGAAAAAUUGUCCUUUGUUUGGCAAGUUUUGCUUUACGUGCACAGGUGAAGAAUAGGGAUCACAGAAUAGGGAUCACAGGACAAGAUGACGGACUCCAAGUACUUCACCACCACCAAGAAGGGUGAGAUCUAUGAGUUGAAGGCAGAUCUCAACAGCGAUAAGAAAGAGAAGAAGAAGGAAGCUGUCAAGAAGGUCAUAGCCAGCAUGACCGUGGGUAAAGAUGUCAGCUCGCUGUUUCCUGAUGUGGUGAACUGCAUGCAGACAGACAACCUGGAACUCAAGAAGCUGGUGUACCUGUACCUGAUGAACUAUGCCAAGAGCCAGCCAGAUAUGGCUAUCAUGGCCGUCAACACGUUUGUCAAGGACUGCGAGGACACCAACCCCCUGAUCCGCGCCUUGGCCGUGCGCACCAUGGGCUGCAUCCGGGUGGACAAGAUCACGGCCUACCUCUGCGACCCGCUGCGCAAGUGCCUCAAGGACGAGGACCCCUAUGUGCAGAAGACGGCGGCGGUGUGCGUGGCCAAGCUGUACGACAUCAACCCGCAGCUGGUGGAGGAUCAAGGCUUCAUCGACCAGCUUCGCGACCUGCUGACAGCGUCCAACCCAAUGGUGGUUGCUAAUGCUGUUGCGGCACUCUCUGAGAUCAACGAUGCCUCGCCCACUGGUACGACCCUCUUUGACCUGAACCCUCAGACCAUCAAUAAGCUGUUGACUGCACUGAAUGAGUGCACAGAAUGGGGUCAGAUCUUUAUCCUGGACUCCUUGUCCAACUACACCCCUAAGGAUGACCGAGAGGCCCAGAGCAUCUGUGAGCGGGUCACCCCUCGGCUGGCCCACGCCAACGCCGCUGUGGUACUCUCAGCUGUCAAGGUACUGAUGAAGUUCAUGGAGAUGAUGCCAGUAGAAGGCGAGUACCUCACCACCCUGACCAGGAAGCUGGCUCCACCCCUGGUCACUCUGCUGUCUGCCGAGCCCGAGGUGCAGUACGUCGCCCUCAGGAACAUCAACCUGAUAGUGCAGAAGAGACCAGAGAUUCUGAAGCAGGAGAUGAAGGUGUUCUUUGUCAAGUACAACGAUCCCAUCUAUGUCAAGUUGGAGAAGCUGGACAUCAUGAUCCGUCUGGCUGCCCAGGGGAACAUUGCGCAGGUGCUGGCCGAACUGAAGGAGUAUGCCACCGAGGUGGACGUCGAUUUUGUACGCAAGUCAGUGCGGGCCAUCGGUCGCUGUGCCAUCAAAAUUGAGCAAUCUGCUGAACGCUGCGUCAGCACCCUCCUGGAUCUCAUUCAGACCAAGGUCAACUAUGUGGUCCAGGAAGCCAUCGUGGUCAUCAAGGACAUAUUCCGGAAGUAUCCCAACAAGUAUGAGAGCAUCAUCGCCACUCUCUGUGAGAAUCUUGACACAUUGGAUGAGCCAGAGGCAAGAGCCUCCAUGAUCUGGAUCAUCGGUGAGUACGCCGAGCGCAUCGACAAUGCAGACGAACUCCUGGAGAGCUUCCUGGAGGGGUUCCAUGACGAGAACACCCAGGUACAACUGCAGCUACUGACCGCCAUCGUCAAGCUGUUCCUGAAGCGGCCCACGGACACCCAGGAGCUGGUGCAGCAAGUCCUCAGUCUGGCCACGCAGGACAGUGACAACCCCGACCUGCGCGACCGCGGCUACAUCUACUGGCGUCUCCUCUCCACGGACCCGGCCGCGGCUAAGGACGUAGUGCUGGCCAACAAGCCCCUGAUCUCGGAGGAGACCGACCUGAUUGAGCCCACCCUACUGGAUGAGCUCAUCUGCUACAUCGGCAGCCUGGCCUCCGUCUAUCACAAGCCGCCCAGUGCAUUCGUGGAGGGUCGUAAUGCUACUAGGAGGGUGUUGCCUACGCGGGCUCCAGGCUCUGGUUCUACUUCCCCGGAGAGCGAGACGGCCGCGGCCCCUGUUCCAGCACCCCAGGUCAUCCCCCAGCCCAGCCAGGGCGAUCUCAUCGGUGACCUGCUGGGGAUGGACCUGGGCCCCCCCGCCGGCGCUGCUGCCAUGCCCGCCUACGGUGGCGCCCCGAUGCAGCCACAGCUGCAGCCGCAGCUGCAGUCGCAGCCGGAGAUGUCGGCCGGGCUGGACCUGCUGGGUGGUAGCCUGGACACAGUGCCCGUCAUGGGAGGAGGUAACUUGGGUGCUCUGGGUGACAUCUUCAGCCUAGCCAGCGGCCCCGGCAUGGGAACUGGAAUGUACGUUGAGCCCAAGUCGGUGUGGCUACCAGCAGCGAAAGGCAAGGGCCUGGAGAUUGGCGGCACCUUUGCUCGUCGGCAGGGCCAAAUCUGCAUGGAUUUGACCUUCACCAACAAAGCCAUGCAGCAGAUGAGUCAGUUUGCCAUACAGCUCAACAAGAACAGCUUUGGCCUGAUCCCGGCACAGCCCUUGUCCAUCGCUAGCCCCCUCAACAUGAACCAAAGCCUGGAUGUGACCUUGCCGCUCAACACCAAUGGUCCAAUCCAGCAGAUGGAACCCCUUCUUACCCUGCAGGUGGCCGUCAAGAACAACAUCGAUGUCCUGUACUUCAGUUGUCAGGUUCCCUUCAACGUGAUGUUCGUGGAAUCGGGAGAGAUGGAAGGUAUGAAUGACCAGGAUGAUGCCAAAGAGAGGCGUGAUUUCUUGACUGAGUGGAAGAACCUCCCUGCUGCUUUUGAGGUGCAGUUUCCCAUUGAAGUCCACGUGUCAGCAGAUGAGGCAGUCCAGAAACUGAAAGCAAACAAUGUCUACACGGUGGCCCAGCGCAACCUGGACGGCCAGGACAUGCUGUACCAAUCCCUGAGGCUGGCCAACAACAUUUUCAUCAUGAUGGAGCUGAAGAUGCAGCCCGGUAAUCCCUCGGCUACGCUCUCCAUAAAGUGCAGGAAAGUGGAAUUUGCCAGCCUGGUUAACACAAGCUACAAGGCCAUCCUGCAGAACUAAGGGAAUCUUUUCCCGACAGUCAACAUACCAACAUGUAUCUAUCAUUCCGUUUGCCUGUCCUUUGGUCUCUCGGUACAAUUCUUACUUACAAAAAAAGAGCCCACAGGCAUCUUUGUCCCAUUGUGUUCAACAAGAAAAGUGGCAGCUAGCAAAAAGCAGUACAUUCUGCUUACCAGGAUGGCAAGCACUUAGGUCUCGCAGAUCCCUGUCUUGGAGAUACUGCUUGAGGCAGUAGCAUCAAGAGGCACCUUUUAAUCAUGAUGGCAUCUACAGCGAAACUGUAAAACAAAACAAUUGCAGACCCACUUCAUUAAAAACGGAAGUUCCCAUGAAGUUUAUUCAGUACAUGAGCUGCUGUUGGUGCUCGACUUAAACUGACCUUGUUAGGAGUUGCAUUGCACAUGGGUCGUCCUCCAAUGUUUAACUUCAAAUUUGUUGAAAUUGUUUGAUGUGGAGAACAGAAGUAUUCACAUCUUUCAAAUGUGUAACAGUGAAAUGGUGAGGACGACACUGGUGUGAUAACUUUACUGCAGUGUGUUUCAUUUAUUUGUUUAAGCCACAUAACCACAGUCAUGGGUACACCUCGUUACCUAGUUACGGCCAAGGAUCAACAUUAAUUAUAUAGGUCUAUAUUCUGUUUUUACAGUUUAUAUAUAUUGCUAGCUGUUAGCCUAAUAAUCCGGUGUAUUUACCAAAUAAAUGUAAAUCACACACUUUUGAUUUUCAUGCUGUUCAUUAUGGGCACAACGAGAAGGAUGUGCGUGUACCAACAAUCAUAACUGUCCACAUAUUUUUGGGCAGGAUUGGUGUUCCCCCCCCAUUAUUAGUACAUGGUCAGUCAUUCCAUGGUCAUUCCUAUGUCUGGACACCCCUCCUUUGACUCUUGAGCACAGGGUGUCAGCAUGUAGCUUGUGCAACAUAACCCAUUCCCGAUGUAUGACGUGCGAAAUAUUAUACAGGUGAUGUAUUGAUUCUUGUAUGUAACUCCUUUGCCAUGUUCCACGGCACAGUGCGAUAGGUUCGUGCACAUGUCUGCUCAUAUUAGACACGAUCAAGUACAGUAAUGUAGGUUGCUUCUAUGUUGGAAUUGUGGGUUUCUUAAAUUCAAGCUCUCUCGUGUUUUGGCAUAAUCCAAAGAACUUUUUUUUCAGGCAAAUGCAUUUUAGUAUGCUUAGUGUAGUAAAUUUGAUGUAUCUGAAACCUUUAAAGUUCAAUAAAUAAAUCAAAUAUUUGAACUCA